UAAAGCUUAAGCCAAAAAGAAUGGCUCAGCAAUACCAACAAUACAAAAGGGAUGCAGAUGAGUUCAAUAACAGUAGAGAUUUAGGUAAAAAAAUUGAGUAAUCCAUAAUCACCAUUGUCUCUAAAAUCAAUACCCUCCAGUUUAAAAUCAACUCCAUGGAAGAACUUAUCUCUAAGCAUGAAGGGAUGAAAAUCAGAGAGAUGAUAAAUGCUCAAAAUGGGAUGCAAAAUGAUUCUGAGGAUGAAAUCCAAAGAGAGAAAAAUCCCAUCCACCAAUCAAAUAUUCAAAAAUUAAAUCAAGCUAUGAAAGUGCAGAGUAUUGUUUAUCAAGGAAUAAACCUAACAAUCAAGUUGCGAAACAGGCGAUACAGAACAUUAACAAUAUUACCAACCCAGUUAUUCAAAAUAAGCCAGAGGAUAAUACUCCAGGAAAUUCUCCACAACAUCCCCAAGUUUUCCCAAGUCAAGCUCAGCAAUUCAGUGUCAUUCAGGAGAGGGAAGAAAGAGAUAAAAAUUCCAAUAUCUUAUAUUAGAGUUUAUAAAAUUCAUCAGAUUUAUUUCCUUGGGUCCUCCUAUGUAGCCGCUUGUUAA